CCCUCGCUCGGCCGCGCGCAGUGGUUCGCUCCGGCCGCGCCGCGAGCGCGAGUUCCCAGGAAGCCUGGAGGGCGCCGCCGCCGCCGCCCCCGCCGCCCCCGCCGCCCCCGCCGCCUCCGCCGGCCGCCGCCGCCGCGAUGCUGGGGCUGCUGGUGGCGCUGCUGGCCCUGGGGCUCGCGGUCUUCGCGCUGCUGGACGGCUGGUACCUGCUGCGCCUCCCGUGCGCCGUGCUGCGCGCGCGCCUCCUGCAGCCGCGCGUCCGUGACCUGCUGGCGGAGCAGCGCUUCGCGGGCCGCGUGCUGCCCUCGGACCUGGACCUGCUGCUGCACAUGAACAACGCGCGCUACCUGCGCGAGGCCGACUUCGCGCGCGUGGCGCACCUGACCCGCUGCGGGGUGCUCGGGGCGCUGCGGGGGCUGCGGGCGCACACCGUGCUGGCGGCCUCGUGCGCGCGCUACCGCCGCGCGCUGCGCCUGCUGGAGCCCUUCGAGGUGCGCACGCGCCUGCUGGGCUGGGACGGCCGCGCGUUCUACCUGGAGGCGCGCUUCGUCAGCCUGCGGGACGGCUUCGUGUGCGCGCUGCUGCGCUUCCGGCAGCACCUGCUGGGGACCUCGCCCGAGCGCGUCGUGCAGCAGCUGUGCCAGCGCAGGGUGGAGUCCCCUGAGCUGCCGGCGGACCUGCAGCACUGGAUCUCCUACAACGAGGCCAGCAGCCAGCUGCUCCGCAUGGAGAGUGGGCUCAGCGAUGUCACCAAAGACCAAUGAUUGCCACCUUCACACCCUGCCUGCCCCGGCCAUCAUCCUGGGCCUGGGGGCAAUGCAGAGAUGGCAGGCUGGGCCGUGCUCUCUUCCAGCUGGAGGGGCCUCUUGACCAGCCUGGCCCACCCCCUUUCACCUGCUGGGCCCCCCAGUUAUUGACACCCCUCUACUGGGCUCCACGCUAGGCAGAGGGAGGGAGCGGCAUCAGCAAUCUGACCCAGCUCUGCCCUCAAGGUGAGGAUGGGUGGGCAAAAGGGAGUCCCGCCCUGUCCCACAGCGAGGCCACACAUGGGCCUGGGUAGGGGAGGGUAGCGCCUGGAGCAGAGGGACCCACGUGCCUCCUAAGCCUGGAUCCUGGCUGGCACUGCUGCAAGGGACGAGGCAGGGCCAGGCCAGAGCAUCCUGGGUACACAGGGCCUGGGCAUGGUUCAGGUGCAGCGGUCACUCCCGAAGGGUCAGAGCAGCGCCUGCCAGGCAACCCCCUCUGGCUCCUGCCGAGGUGGACGCAGGCCUGGGGCAGAGCCUGGGUGGUCACAGGCUGGAUCUGGAGGCGGAAGGAAGGGAGGCAUUUGCUGGCAGAGAACGGGGCACUGGCUCCUCCCCAGGCAGGCUGGGCGGGAGGGUAGCCUUGUGGCCUGGAGGGACCAGACCAGGUAGCACAGGGGCUUCUGGAGAGGCAGCAGGCUUCCUGCUGGGGUGCCCUUGGCCACUCGCACCCCUCAGUGCCCACCAGGGCCAUGCUCUGUGACCUUGGGCUGGUCCUUGCCCUUUCUGGGCCUAAAGCACCACAGGCCUCUGUACCCCCUUAGAGCCGCCCGUUCGUGGCCUGGCUGGCAGGCGUCCCCUUACCUGCUCUGCCCUCUGUGUUUAGCAUGUUCCUCGUCAGCUGUUGGGCCGGCCCUGCCCUGCGCUAGCACAGCCUCUCCUGGCAGCUUCUCAGUCCUCCCUGAUACAGAUGCCAGGCAGCUAGGACGCUGGCCAGGGCCACCCACUCCUGCCUAAUGCCUCGCCUUACAGCUGGGGAAACUGAUGCCUGGAAUGGCCUAGAGUCACUGAGGCAAAGUUGCGGCUGGUCCCAGCCUGAGGCUCCACUGAUGCCCUCAGCUUCCAGGGAGGGGGUACCCCAUCUAGCUGGGUGCAGGGGUCACUGCUUGUCUGCUCAGGGCUGUGUGCCCGCCUGCCUGUGCCCCUGCACGCCGGGAACUGCCUCCUUGCUGCUGCCUCCAGUAAGCCCACCGUGAGCCAGAGCCAGGAGGUGCAGCGCUGCCCCGAUGGAACGUCCCCUACCCCCACUGCUGUUCUUAUCUUACAGGCAUCAUGGGAAAGCUGCAGGCUUUCUGUUGUAUUUAAGGAAAGCCCAACAUUAAAGGGUUUUCCUUGCAAGU